CGCACACCGGCGCCCUGAUGACGUCACCGCGCACAGACUGUGAUGGCGGAUGUUUCCGAGAUAGACACAAUGAAGCACUUUCACGCCGGUUUCGAUAAAAUCGACAAAGAAAUGUGCCGUUAUCCGCACUGCAUCGUCUGGACCCCCAUCCCGGUUCUGACGUGGUUCCUGCCCUUCAUUGGUCACAUGGGCAUCUGCACAUCUACUGGUGUGAUCAGGGAUUUCGCAGGGCCUUUUUUCGUAUCAGAGGACAACAUGGCGUUUGGAAAGCCAACAAAGUACUGGAAGCUGGAUAAGAAUAAAGUGUACGGCGGCGGAGUGAACGCCUGGGAUUUAGCUGUGCAUGAGGCAUCAGAGGAGUACAAAAACAGAAUGCACAAUCUGUGUUGUGAUAACUGUCACUCUCAUGUGGCCAUGGCUCUAAACCUGAUGCGCUACGAGAACAGCUCCUCCUGGAACAUGGUCAACCUCUGCUUACUGAGCUUCAUCCACAGCAAACACGUCAGCUUCGUGGGGUUCCUGAAGACCUGGCUGCCUUUCCUGAUGAUUUUUGGGGUCAUGGUCACCAUCGUCCUGGCGGUCCACCUGCGAUGACCGAGAGAGAUGACUCUCUUGAUAUAUCUGUUAUAUAAUCAUGGAUGGGGCUAAAUGACACACGGCAGCAGAUUGAAGAUCUCCGCAUCAUUAUGAACUCUCGUCGAUCUUCAUCAGUUGUUUUAAAUGAUUCUGAAUGUUCUCAGGCGGAGAUUGUUUUACAUUAAAGGGAGGCUGUACAUUUUUCUUAAUUCCAGGUUCAUUCCUUUUGACUCUGUAACGUUUACAUGUUCAUUCAUUUAUAUUACAUGAGCAAAUACAACAGUAUAUCUGUAAA